AUGCGCCCCGGGCUGCAUAAACCGGGCGCGCUUCCACUACUGGUCGUGAUCGUGUUCUCCUUGCUCACCCUGGUCCCUUCAUUACCGAGUAUACCGAGCUUGAAGCUUGCAGACCUGUCCUAUUUGCUCAGUCGAGGUCGUCGUAAGUACAUUCCGCUUGGAAAUUCAGUCUACCGAGACCCCCGAAAGCUAAAAAGAAAACUCAUCAACUUAGACGUCCCGUUGAUUCAAGACAAUGUCGCCGACCUUUCUUGCCCGGAUACGCACCUGAGUGACGCUUACACACCAUGGAUUCCAACCAUACCCUCCCGACCGCGUGUAAAUCGAUUGCCAAGGUCCGCGCGACUUGCCACUGGUGCUCCCAUGAUCUCCAGCGAGACCGCGCCCGUGGAAAACCGAAGUCGCUCGGCAAUCGCGACGGAACCCUCGUUCUUAUUCAGUCGUCGCGCCCAUGCCUUCCGAACAUACUUCAUUCAACAAUUAGAUGAUUAUCAAUUCCUCUCUCCAUUUUCUACGCGCAUGUCUACUGGCACCGGAGCCGUUGCAGCCGACCGCAAUCCCUCCAUUCCGCCUACAUAUCCUCCAUCCCUACCUACCGCAAUUGAUGCCUGCACGGUCGACUCUACAUUCCACCCAUCUAACGAAUCUACCUAUCUUCAAACGCCCCCUUCGGUCCCGAAACAACAACUUCUGCUUGGUGGUAUGUGGCAGCAGGUCUGUCAAACUGCCAGUGGCCUCUGGGAUCUUGCCAACGAAUCUCCUAAUUCUCCACUUCCACGCCUCCUCGAACUGGGGAGUUAUUACGCCCAAUCUACCUUGUUCUCCCAUUCUCCAAUCGUCGAAUGUCAAAAACCCUUAAUUACCCAUCCGAACAUUUCUCAGGCUGAAUCGCAAGAAUGCCCGGCCACUUCAGCCCACACGAACAAAUCACAAAUACAAUCAAAUGACCAAGCGACUGCGACCGAUGCUGCUGGCCGGCACUCAUCUAAGCUUGAUGGUAGCUGCAUGGCAGUGGUGAUCGGCCUAGUAGCCGGUAUAGUAUGGUUUUAA